AAUGUUUUUUGUCCUAAUUUAUUUUUGUAUGUAAUAAUUUGUUUAUUGCUUAGAAUUUUUGAGUUUAUUUAAUAAAUUAUUACAUUAUUCUUUAUAACAGGAGUAGUGCUUGAAAAUAUAUCACUGCAAUGAGUGGUCAGCGCAGAGUGUGCUGUGUGAUGAACUGUGACAAAUAUAAUUCUAAAUAUUUAAAAAUUAAAAGGACAUUUUUUCAAUUUCCAUCAGAUCCUGAAAAGUACCAAAAUUGGCUGAAUGCUGUGGGAACUACCAAUAUGAGAAAGGAAAACAUCCACAGAAAACAGAUGUUUAUAUGUAGCUUGCACUUUGAUAAUGAGUCCAUUUUACAACAAUCUAUGAAAAUCUAUAUAGAUGGAGAGGAAGUUCUUUUGCAAAGGCAACGCCAGAGAUUAAAAAAGGAUGCAAUGCCUACAAUCUUUCCUAAAAAGCAGGAAGUAGGCUCUUUAAAAGCUGAGCCGGAACAACACCAUAGCAUAGAAAAAUUUCAACAAAAACAAAAAGUUUCCAUUACACCUUUACCAACAUCUGAUGUAUCUUCAGAAGCCAUUGUAUCCAUUCCUGAAACCGAGAAGGAAAUAACUAACCCAGAACCUAAUGUGCAAACUGAAAUUUAUUUCCCGAAACCUGAAGUGGCUUUGUCCCAAAAUUAUGAAUCUAAAGACUUGAUAACAGACUGGCAGAACAACUCUUUAAUAAAUAGUGUCCUUCAGCACUCUGAACCUCAGCAUUGGGGAAUGACUGUGGGAAAUUCAGGUCUUUAUUUCAAUUAUGUUGGUGACAAAUUGAAGAAAUUUGAAGGAAUCAAUCUAGCUAUACUGGUAAAAUAUGAUAUGUCUGUAGAGAUUAUUGCUCAAGGACCUACAGCAACAUACCCAGUACUGAACCCCAUUACUUGUUUUUCAGAUCUAAUUUUAGCUAUGGAAAAAGUUAUGCAGGCGGAUUUAUGCACCGGAAGCGAUUGUGCUGAUGUUUUUUAUGUUAGAAAACCAAAAUCUGGAAGUACAUUAUGCAAACCAUGUCAAAAAGAGAGAAGAUUGAGACUAGAUAGGGUUAAGAGGAAACAUCAGCGCAUGCAACACAGGAUUUUAAAUCCCAGGCAAAUGACUGAGAAAAAUUUGAGGCGUAAAUAUUUGAGGACCCUUAAAAAGGCUGCCAGUAAUGAAUCCACCAAACAUGACUUCGAUCCUUUCUGGGAUAGUCCUGACAUUGACAUUAGCCAUGAGCUUAUUUUGGACAAAACCGAACUCUCAGACAAUGGAAAUUUGACAGAUACAAACGAUAGCACCUCAAAGGAGGAUUCCACUCCAGCAGACGGUGAUUCAUCAAAAUCUUGCUCGAAAAUUCCAGAAGGACUAUUACAACUAUUUGAUAUUAGUUCUCAGAAUUCAAGAUGCUUGGUAGUAAACAAAGAUAUGUCCACAGAAGAAACCAAUGACUUGGUUUCUGGUGGAAUUAAUGUUAUCCACAUGUCUUCUGAUCCUAAUAAAAAGAAGAGAAUCAUAUAUGUCGGGAGGGAUGUGUCUACCUGUUUUAAACAGUGUCCUUACUGUAAUAUUUCUUUUAUGUGUGUUGCUGAAGCAGACGACCAUAAGCUUGCCCAUAAGAAAGGCAAAAUAAAACUUGAUGAGAAACUUGUGGGAAGAACGAUUUUCAGAUGUACCAAAUGCCCUGCUGAGUUUGUUGUGCAAAAAGACUUUAAAGUCCACUCUUUUGAUUUUCACAAGGAUAGAAAACCCUUUGUUUGUUCUUGCUGCAAAAGAAAGUUUAAAGGCUUCAAGGAACUACAAAAACACUCGAAAUAUACAUUUAAUGGCUCAUGCCGGCGCGUAUGCCCGAAAUGUAACAAAGAUUUCAAGACAAGCUCAUUGUUUAUGGAGCACAUGACUGCUUCCAAGUCCUUAUCCACUUGUGACAUUGUGAAGUGCAAACAGUGCAAAGAGUGGAUGAUAAAAUCAAUAUUAACUGAUCACAUGAAAACUCAUCCUAAGACGACCAGAUGUUUACUUUGUCCGAAAUGUGGAAAAUCUGUCACCCAUUUAUCGGCGCAUAUGCGGAGAACACACUUGAAACUCGGCCGUAUUGCAUGUUCAAAAUGCGGACGGGUAUGUAACGGAAGGUCUAGUCUUUCCGUACAUAUGAAAACGGUACACGGAGAGGCGCAGUUUAUUUGCGACCAAUGUCCUCGCAUGUUUAAACACAUUCAGUAUUUGAAGAAACAUGUCCAAGUACAUCAUACGGGCACCAAAACAGAAAAACCGUCUUCAUAUCCAUGCGAGAAAUGUGGCGUAACGUUUAAGCACGGUUUUGGUUUACGGUUCCAUAUUAGAAUUUUCCACGAAGGAGUCAAAAACUUCGUGUGCGAUCUAUGCGGGGAACGUUUUGCUAGAAACGACUAUCUGCGACGCCACAAGAAAUACCACGACCUCUACGUGAAAAAUGUUUGUGACAUAUGUAAAACCAGUUUUAGAACGUCCUCGUAUUUGAAGAUUCAUAUGGAAGGGGGCCACGAUGAAAAUGGUCAGCCUUUAUUUAGGAGGGGUUGCCGUAAUGCUUCGGGUACCGGGUUCUUAAACAGAAACAUUAAACGGAGUAAAAUACCACCAUCCAUGAAGCCAAAAGCCUGCCCUAUAUGCCAUAAGGUUCUAUCCAAUUCUGCAUCAUUAAGGAUGCAUUAUAGGGGACAUUUGAGAUUGUUGCAUAGAAAAUGCCCAAAGUGUGAUAGUCUUUUUGCAAGCCAAAGCACAUUAGAUACCCAUUUAAAGCGUCAUGAUGAUCCGCGAUAUGAUUCACGAUGCCGAGUUUGCCACAUAUACCAAUAUUCCAAAGAAGAUAUGAAAAAACACAUGGAAACCACCCACAAGAAUAUGAAGCAUAAGUGCCAUAUUUGCGAGGAGGUGUUCGGUCGGAAACAUCUUCUUACCAAUCACAUCCACAGAAAACAUCCAGAGGAGUGCGAGAAGCGUCGCGAGGUUUGGUCCGCUUUGAUUAAACAAAAGGCUGAGGACGUACCGCUCGAGGAUUACAAAUCUACACGCACCCAUCGCAAAAGUAAUUUCCAAGAGAACGAUGUCAACCUUCUACUAAAUCAAUUAACAUCGGAAUCUAAGGCCGACGAUAUCUUUAUUGAGGUGGAAGAGGAGCCGCAUUGGGAUGGCGGAGAGCAAGAGAUUGUGGAGGAGGAAAUAGAUGACUGUAAAAUAACCAUUUCAGACGAAGGAAUUGACUAUGAUUUAUUUGGUCAAGAUUACGAUUCGGCUGAGGCGACUCUGCAGCUAAAACAAGAUUUAGAAAACGGCUUUUGAUUAUUCUUUUUUUGUUUGGUAUUUUUUAAGAUGCUGUAUUAAGUCAUUAAAUAAAUAAUUUUAUGUA